AACUACAUUACUGAUUUGUGUCCUCGAGAGUAUUUAGGAACAAAGAACAAUGUUUGGGAUGAAAAGCGCCGCGCAGACGGUUGAUACCGUGAAGAUAGACACAGAAGUUCUAUUGAGAACGACCGGAAGCAAUAGCAAAAAAGAGCUGGUCGGAGCCAUUGAUCAAGGGACUUCGUCGUCUCGUUUUUUACUUUUUACAAAGGAGGGAAAGAUCGCCGCGUGGGCCCAAAAGGAGACUACUCAAAUAUUUCCAAGCGAGGAGGGAACGGUGGGCUGGCACGAGCACGAUCCCAUGGAAAUCUGGCGGACAAUUGUGGACUGCAUCAAAGCUGUCAUCGAAGCAAUGGACAAAGAAGUGAAGAAACACAACAAUAAGUUUCUCUCCGGGUACAGCAUUGCUGCCAUUGGCAUCACUAAUCAGAGGGAAACGACCGUUGCCUGGAAUGCAGUGACAGGUCAGCCUUACUAUAAUGCUAUUGUGUGGGAUGACACUCGUACCGUUUCGAUUGCAAGCCACAUUGCCCAAGGGGACGAUGAUCGAUUGCGAGACAAAACAGGACUGCCACUAGCUUCCUACUUUGCUGGCACUAAAGUUCGUUGGUUGUUGGACAAUGUUGAUGCAUUGCAAAAAGACAUCGACGGCCAACCAGAGGUGGUCCGUUUUGGGACCAUCGAUACCUGGAUCUUAUAUCAACUGACUGGCACACCGGCAAAAGCCAAGAAUUCAUUGAACGUUGGUGGUUUGUUUGUCACAGAUGUCAGUAAUGCUUCUCGUUGGCUUUUUUUGGAUUUGGUGAAGGUUGACUGGGACAAGGACCUUGUGAAAGAAGUUUGUGAACCUCACAAUGUUCCUCUGACGGCUCUUCCAGAAAUCAAGGCCUCGAGUGAGAUCUAUGCGAUACUGCAAAAAGAUUCAACCGGAAUUGACAAGCUGCAAGGUGUGCCAGUCUCGGCUAUUUUAGGCGACCAGCAAGCGGCAUUAUGUAAGUGAAGGAAUCUAUGUUCACCGAGCGUUUUCCCUGAGUAACAAUGCGUUUGUCGUAAAAGGAGGAAGGGAAAACAGCGGAAUGCCCUUUGCGAAAGAAAAAUUUCCAGAAAUGAUCUAAUUCUAUUUCGAACCUGUGUUCUCAAUUUCCGGAAAAAAAUCGAAUCCCAAAUAUUUCUUCUACAGUUGGACAGGUUGCCUUUGAACCGGGAGAAGCCAAGAACACGUAUGGCACCGGCAUGUUUCUAAUGAUGAAUACGGGAACAAAAUUGGUCCCGUCUACUCAUGGGCUGCUGACAACCAUAGCAUACAAAAUUAGCGACGAGGUGGUUUACGCUCUCGAAGGGAGCGUGAGCCACUCAGGAUCCACCAUUCAAUGGCUCAGAGAUCAACUCGGACUUUUGAAGUCGGCAACCGAUUCAGAGGAAUUGGCAAGCGGUCACAAUGAUGGUUUGUACAUGGUUCCGGCCUUUGCGGGACUUUUUGCACCGCAUUGGAGGCCCGAUGCUCGUGGAUGUGUGGUUGGCAUAACUGCGGCCCACCACAAGGGUCACAUCAUAAGAGCUGCACUCGAGGCGGCUGCCUAUCAAGCACGAGAGGUUUUUGAGGCAAUUGAAGCCGAUUCAAAUGUUGAGUUGAAGGCACUGAAAGUAGAUGGGGGUGGCUCACACAACAACCUGAUGAUGCAGUUCCAAGCAGACAUGAUCAACGCACCAGUAGUAAUUCCACAAGUUCAGGAAACUACCGCUAUGGGCGCGGCCUUCGCCGCCGGGUUGGCUGUCGAAUUCUGGAAGGACAAACAAGAGAUCAAAAGCCUUUGGAAUCAAGCGGGAUUGUUUACACCAUUGAUGUCGGAACAACAAAGAGAAUCCAACUGGGAAGGCUGGAAGAAGGCCAUCAAGCGAAGUCUGGAUUGGGUUGAAACCGAAGAAGACGAUGAAUUCGUCGAUGCUAGGGAAGGCACAGACAGUUCAGUGAUCAGAGAGAACGAUGAUAAAUCCACUUCAAAGAACAACACCAAGGACAGUGAUGCCAGUGGAAAAAGCAUGAGGGCUUUCAUUUCUCUUGUACUCGGGGCCACCGUCGCAGGUGGAGCAGGAUUUUUGUUAGGUCGAAGAAAGCGAUGAGUCUUUCAAUGAAGUAAUAGUUAGUUG